UACCCAUUCGCUUCUUGCUCGCAUGGUUGUUACGAGAUCAUUUCCCGUUUUCUUUCCACCAUGAUGAAAUUCUCAAAGCACUCGUGUACCGUAACGCUGCUAAUUUCGCUAUCGAUUGGUCGGACCCUGUUCCACUUUCGGGAUUACACCGGCUCGUCUCUGCAGGAUUACGGCGUCUCGCAGCGUCGCGAAGCGGACGAAGGGCCAACCCGAAACGAUUUCCGGGCGACCAAGUCGGAUUCGCCAAACCCGUACAACGCCAUCGACACGGCGGUUGGCAAAUGCGCCAUCAAUCUGUUCGGGUUGCCCCGAGCAUUCGAGUCCCUGGUGUUGCCGUCGCUGGUCCAGAAUGUGAUUGGUCCCAACGCGCUCUACAACUGUGAUUUCUUUGUUCACUACUUUUACUUGACGCACGAACAGGCGGGUCGAUCGGGUUCCGGUGGUCGCAUCAACCCGGACGAGGUACUGUUACUGAAAGAAGCCGUUCACGCCGUUUCACCCGACUCGGUGGUGGAGAUUCGGUACGAUCACGAACAACACUUUUGGGAUCAGUAUCAAGCGUUUCUGGACAAGGUCCGGACGACCAACGGAACCGACGGACACUACUUGUAUUAUCCGUGGCGUGACAAUACGUUCGUGUAUCCGCAGACGAUAGACAAUAUAAUCAAAAUGUGGCACAGCGUCCAAUCGGCUUGGGAAACAAUGACGGAGCAGGAAGGCGUAACGUCGGAGCGGUACGAUCGUGUGGCCAUGUUGCGGUUGGACGUGCUGUACGUGACCCCGAUUGAUGUCUUUCGAGUGCACCGGCAACCUUUACCGGAGCGUACCAAAGUAGCCGUGGUUCCCGCCUUUGCGCGGUUCCCCGUGAACGAUCGCAUGAUUGUGGGACCACGCGACGCGGUAGAAAUAUGGGCUGCCCAGCGAUUUGAACGUAUCGAGACGCACGUGCAGCUCGUGCAAACGAAAGAUCCGGGCUGGGGCAUUCACGACGAAAGAUUCAUGAGUUGGACGGUUUUUCCGGCCAUUCGAGCGACCAACACGACCAUUGUGGAAGACAACUUUAUCUGUUUCUUCCGCGCCCGCGCGGACGAGACGGUGCAGAUUAGCGAUUGCCAGAACGGGGACCAGAACGCUGCCGCUCGGUCCAUCGUGAAGAGUCUUGGAAAAAACAGGGUAAAACUGGUGGAGUCGAUCCUGGGACGGAAAUGUCUCAAUCGAACAAUCCAUGCACGCUCGAAAAUAAGCCUGUCCUGUCCAAAAACACUAUAGCCUAAACGUAAAUAGUUCGGAUUGAUAGAUAUACCCUUUUUCUACCGGUUCGCACCGUGACGAAGAGUAGAAAGUACGAGUUCGCGAUAAACGAGCGUUCUUUUGGGCCUCGUCACUUCGCGGGUCGAGAGAGCCCG